AGAUUUGCCAUUAAUCUUUGAUUAAAUCCUUAAACAUUCCACCUUAUCAUUCCCGUUUUGGACGUACUCUUCGGUGUUUGAACCCAGGAAAAUCUACCUAGAAUCCAAAAAAAUACAAGAAAAGUUGGUUUCCUUACUCUUCUGCGGCUCUGCUCUCUUUGAAAAGUCAUCUCUGGAGGUUCCAGGGAUGAAAUAACCACUCCUCUCCUGUAAACGUAGAAAACCCUGUACUGCUUUCUGGCGAAUUGAUUUGAUGUUCUUAAAUCAUCAGGGGUUUCUCGAAAUUUUACUUUUCUGACGGUAGUCGGUUUUUCGGGCUAGUAGGGGCAGGGCAGUUUCAGAACAAUGAGUCAUGGUCGGAGUCAUGGCCCGCUCAAAUCAUCGGUGUUCUUCGCGUACCCAGAGAAGCUGUGUGACAUUUUCGUGCCCCUCGCUCGAAUCGUUCUCCUGGUCUUCAUGGUCAGCUCCAUCUCUAUCGUCCUCUACACUGCCUUUAUUCCACAGUCUCCCUUCAUCCUCUUCAAACCCGUCUUGAACGUGAACACCGGCGGCGAACCCGAUACGGCGCCCACCAACAUCUCCCACAUCCUCUUCGGCAUCGGCGGCUCCGCCGCAACAUGGGAGGCCCGCCGUGUUUACAGUUCCCUCUGGUGGCACCCAACAAUCACGCGUGGCUUCGUCUGGCUCGACUAUAUUCCCCACAAAAACCAAGACCGUAACAGAACAAAUAUCUGGGUGCCACACCGCCUGUCUUCUCCGGAUUGGACCAAGUUCAAGUUCUCGAGCUCCAAAUCGGCCGUUCGGAUCGCCCGAAUCAUCCGAGACAGUUUUAACGAGAAGUUGCCGAACGUGAGGUGGUUCGUGAUGGGAGACGAUGACACGGUGUAUUUUACUGAGAACCUGGUUUCCGUGUUAGCCAAGUACGAUCACCGUCAGAUGUGGUACAUAGGCGGGAACUCAGAAAGCGUGGAGCAAGACACGAUGCACUCGUACGGCAUGGCGUUUGGAGGCGGCGGGUUCGCCUUGAGUUACCCACUGGCGGAGAAACUGGUCAGAAUUUUGGACGGCUGCAUCGACAGGUACUAUUACUUCUACGGCUCUGAUCAAAGGAUCUGGGCAUGCAUUAGCGAGAUCGGCGUGCCACUAACCAUACAUCCCGGCUUCCAUCAGUUUGACAUUAGGGGGAACCCAUAUGGGAUCCUAGCUGGGCACCCGGUGGCUCCAUUGGUCUCGCUCCACCACCUGGAUAUUGUGGAUCAAAUUUUGCCCAACAGGACCCAAAUGGACGCCUUGAAGACCCUGAUAGAAGCAUACCGGGCAGAUCCGCACCGGAUCCUGCAGCAGAGUUUCGCCUAUGAUAUCAAGCGGAAAUGGUCGGUUCUCGUUGCUUGGGGCUACACCAUCCAGAUAUACCCUUUGCUGCUGACACCGUUCGACCUGCAGACACCGCUACAGACGUUCACGACAUGGAGGAGUUGGGGAAAUGGCCCUUUCACCUUCAACACCCGACCCUGGCCCCCAGACCCAUGUAAACAACCGGUUUUAUAUUUCCUGGACCGAGUCGAUGAGGUGGGCAUGGCUGGGACCCGGACCAGUUACAAGAUGGCCCAAACAGAACACAAGUGUAACAGCACAGAGCAUGCCAAUGUAAUGGCAGUGACGCAAAUAACAGUCUCUUCCCUGAAAAUGCCUCCAGAUUACUGGAAAAAGGCACCACAAAGGCAGUGCUGUGAGAUCUUGGAUCAUGGAAAGAUAAAGGAUGGCAGUCUGCGGAUUAGAGUUAGGAAAUGCAGAAAAUGGGAGAGUAUUUCUUUCUAGAGAUAGGCAGACAGGCUACGUAUACAUAGAAGCAAAAAUAUCAUUAACGAGGAUAAACAAAUAUUAAUAAUGUCUAGUUUUUUUCCUGGCAUAAUUUUCGCAAGCAAGAACAAGAGAAAAAGAAACUUUUAGAAAAGGUUCACUCUUUUCCUUUUAAUCAUGCAGAAGUUGAAAAGCAGACAUAUGUAAUUAUGCAAUAGAAUCGUAUGACAGUGCUCUAACUGCAGCACUGCCACAAGAGAAGUUGAAAAGGAGGCAUGUAAUAGAAUCGUAUGAUAGUGCUUUAACUGCAGCACUGGCAAAGGAGAUUGCAUGGCUCAAAUUCAAAUACCUUUAUCUAGAAAAGUAAUUAAUCAAGGGUGAGUGGAAAGUGCCAUUCACCGUGUGGCCCCAAUGGCCAUGCUUCUCCUUGAAAAGCAAAGUGAUGGCAUCCCUUGGAGAUACGAUGUUCGAGUCCCAGGAUUAACAAU